AACAAGCAUCGUGCAAUGUUAAAAAAACAUUACAAAUUGCUGCUAAAAUGUGCACUCGCCAUACCCAUUAUCCUGCUGGUGGACUUUUGUGGCAUACUCACACAUCUGUACGAACUGAACUUUGAGACGCACUAUUACUAUCCGCUGCACAAUGCGAACGUCACGGCGUCGCCAACGUUGGACUACAAGUUUCUGCAAAUGCCCGCAUUUACUCGUCAAACGGACCCGCCCCGACUUACGAUAGUGGUGAAGAGCGCCAUUGGGAAUCUGCAGCGGCGUCAUGCCAUACGCAAAACCUGGGGCUACGAGACACGCUUCUCGGACGUCAACAUUCGACGCGUCUUUGUGCUGGGCGUAAAUCCCGCUGCCGCAUUGGCGAGCAGCAAGGAUGCAACUGCAACAGAGGCCAAACAUCAUGGUGACAUUUUGCGUGCGGACUUUGUGGAUACGUAUUUCAAUAAUACGAUCAAAACAAUGAUGGGCAUGCGCUGGGCCAGCGAACAUUUCAACACCAGUGAUUUCUAUUUAUUUGUCGACGACGAUUAUUAUGUGUCCAUCAAGAAUGUGCUGCGAUUUUUGGGAGGAGGUCGUCAGACGCCACAUCCGGAUCGUCGUCCGCUCUUUGCCGGCUUUGUGUUCGAGAGUGCCCCGUUGCGGCACAAGUUCAGCAAGUGGUAUGUCUCCCUCGAGGAGUAUCCGUUUGACAAGUGGCCACCGUAUGUGACGGCGGGGGCGUUCAUCCUGUCCCGCGAUGCCCUCCUCCAGAUGUAUGCGGUGGGACGCAGUCUGCCCCUGUUUCGAUUCGAUGACGUCUACUUGGGCAUGGUAGCACUGAAAGCACAUAUACCCGUCCAUCGUUGCGAUCAAUUCCACUUCCAUCGGCCCAAAUAUAAUGGACCCGAUAGUUAUAGCGAUGUGAUUGCCUCACAUGGCUUCAGCGAUCCCAUUGAAAUGGAGCGCAUUUGGAACGAAUGCCGCUCGGCAAAUUAUGCGUAGCAAUAAUACGGACAUAUGUUUUAUAGUAGUGAUCAAUUGGCAUGUGCUAUUAUAGUUAGAUAUAUUAUUGUACAUACAUAACCAUAACUAUAAAUACACACAGACUAAG